UAAUCAACUCUAAGUCUUUUGCUUAACCUUACCAACCAUGGCUUCAAAACACCUUAUUUCCAUUCUAGUUCUCGUUGUUACACUUUUACUCCAAGGCAAUAACAAUAACCUCGUCGAAGCACAACUCACCACUAAUUUCUACGCAACCUCUUGCCCGAACCUCCUCUCCACCGUCCAAGCCGCCGUUAAAUCUGCCGUUAAUAGCGAGCGUCGAAUGGGUGCCUCCAUCCUCCGUCUUUUCUUCCACGAUUGCUUCGUCAACGGAUGCGACGGUUCGAUUCUACUGGAUGACACUUCGAGCUUCACGGGAGAACAAAACGCGAACCCUAACCGCAAUUCCGCUCGCGGGUUUAAUGUGAUCGACAACAUCAAAUCAGCGGUUGAGAAAGCAUGUCCUGGGGUUGUGUCUUGUGCUGAUAUCUUAGCCAUUGCAGCUAGAGACUCCGUCGUAGUCCUUGGAGGGCCGAAUUGGAAUGUGAAAGUAGGAAGAAGAGAUGCAAGAACGGCGAGCCAAGCGGCCGCGAAUAGUAACAUUCCUGGACCGACUUCGAGUCUGAGCCAACUCAUUAGUAGUUUCAGCGCCGUUGGACUCUCCACCAGAGAUAUGGUUGCUCUCUCCGGCGCACACACGAUCGGACAAUCCCGUUGCACAAGCUUCCGAGCGAGAAUCUACAACGAGACAAACAUCAACGCAGCCUUCGCAACCACACGUCAAAGAACUUGCCCUAGAGCCACCGGCUCCGGCGACGGAAACCUAGCUCCACUCGACGUCACCACGGCGGCUUCUUUCGACAACAACUACUUCAAGAAUCUCGUGGCUCAAAGAGGUCUCCUCCAUUCCGACCAGGUGCUCUUCAACGGUGGGUCCACUGAUUCCAUAGUCCGUGGCUACAGCAGCAACCCGUCGAGCUUUAGCUCCGACUUCACGGCGGCGAUGAUCAAGAUGGGUGACAUUAGCCCCUUGACUGGUAGUAGUGGUGAGAUCAGGAAAAUGUGCGGGAGGACCAACUGAUACAAACAGCUAUACGUAUCUUUUUCCUAUUGGAUGUUUUACCUUUUUUGUUAUUUGAGUUGGUGUCUUGGUGAGAAUAAGAUUUGAUCUUCCCAAAAAACAUAUCGAAGAUCCCUUUUAAUGUUUUUUUUUCCUUUUCCCUUUUCAUGUUUUGUGUCGAAGCAAGUGUGUAUUUUCGCAUUAAAAUCUAAUGAAAUUAUAUUUAAAUUAAUU